UUGUGUAGAAAAUUCUGUCCUUGUUUUUUCAAAUAAAUUGUGGCAUACUGUGUCAGUGUAAACAUCGUGAAAACAAGUGUCGUUUAACCAUGCAUUUCUAAGGUUUUUUUUAUUUUGAUAAAGGAUUUUAUCAGAUCAUUUAACAUUUAAAAGUAAUCUGAGUUAUAAAGAUGGCAGCCCCUAGAGAUUUCAAUCCUGUCAACAUCUUACAAGGGAAACAACUCCCACCACCGAUACGGUCCAGAUACAGAAAGUUUGAUAUCUACAGAGAUGUUAACCAGUUUCGUUUAAUUGAUGAACAUGCAGUUCAGGUAGCCCAGACAGAACACAAAACAUUCCGAGAUCUUAUUUGGCACUUAAUACACAGUCAAAGAUUCCAGUCAGACUUAGAAAAAGCAAGAGCAAUCUUCAGAUGGAUGACAUCACGUAAUAUGUACACAAUCAGUUUCCAGGAUGUCCAAAAAGGUUCUCCUGAAGAGGUGUUGGUUUCGUUUAAAAACAAGAAGGGCACAUAUGCAAGAAUCUUUGAAACAUUCUGCGGAUAUUCUGGUGUAUACUGUGCUGUCCUGACAGGUUUUGCUAAAGGUCUUGACUAUCGCCCAGGAGAUAAUUUCAAGGGAAGCGAGUACAAUCACAGCUGGAAUGCAGUCUACAUUGAUGACAAUUGGUACCUGGUUGACUCUCACUGGGCUACCAGAUAUCUCAUUUCUGAGAAAAAUAACCCAGAAAAUUUGCCUGGUCGCAAAACGGUAUAUGAAUAUGAUGACUUCUACUUCAUGACAGAUCCAGAACAACUUAUCUACAGUCAUUGGGCUAAAAACGACAAGUGGCAACUUCUGACCAGACCUUUAUCUUUGCCUGAAUUUGAAGACUUGCCUCUGGUCAAAUCUUACUUCUUUAAAUGUGGAAUGUACUUCAUCUCCCACCAGAAAGGAGUUGUAGGCACACAGAAUGGUAGAAUAGCUCUAACAGUUGGCUUUGUAAAACCUACAAACUUCACCUACAAAAUCACUGUCUGUGGAUCCAAUGAAGAAACUCACAAAGGACAGAAACUGAAGAGCUUUGCCAUGCAAGAAACUUCACACAACCAAGCCACAUUUAUCCUAAGAGCUCCAAAACCUGGUCCUUAUUAUUUUACUAUUUUUGCCCAGCUCUUAACAGGAGAUAUUGGAAUAAAGAAUGUGUUCACAGCAUCAGCAGAAUAUAAAGUCAAUGCUGACAAAGCUUCUACAGAUGCCGUUCCACUUCCUAACUGUUCUGAUAGUAACUGGGGUCCAGGGAUACCAGUAGACCAGAUGGGACUGGAACCCAGUGUUAAAGAUGCUGUCAUACCAACAAGUGAUGGUAAGGUCAGCUUGGAGUUCAAGAAGACACGGCCAUCUUACAUUCUCUGCAAACUACGUAAACCAGGUAUGAAAGAUGAUGAACUAGAGAAAUGUAUCAGUGAAACAGACCAAGGGGACAAGGUACUUGUUACAGCUCAACUCCCAGCCAAGGGUGAAUACGGACUGGAAAUCUACGGGAAUGAUCCAGCUAAAGAUGGUGACACCUAUACACAUAUCUGUCAAUACUUUGUUCACUAUGCUCCUCCUGAUGAACAGAAUAAGGCAUUUUAUCAAGAGGCACCUCAAAGGCGUACUGUGGCUCCAGCUCAACAAGCUACUGUUAGCCAGGUGGGAUAUCCUGGAGGCACUGCUGGGGUAACACAAGGAAUGAAUAAUAUGAAUGUUGGAGACCAAGAUUUUGUUGAUCUAGACAACCUCCCACCACCUCCACCAGAGAUGCUACAACAACAGUAUCUGUAUGGCACAGUACCUGACAGUAGACAACAGGGUGUGUAUGGGGGUCUGGGAUCCCAGCAGGGACAGGGUACACCUGGAUUCACCCCAGGGGCUGGUAAUGUUAUUGUUCCUCAACAACAACAGGCUGGUGUCAGUAACAUUCCCCCCAGCAGUAAACCAAUCCAAGUUGAGAAGAGAGCUGUUGGUCAAGAGCCACCAGCACCACCUAGUGAGUUCAAGCUCCAACCAGUCACUGCAGAGAAAACAGCUGCUCCAGCUCCAGGUCCAGCCACUAAACAGAAACCAACAUUGGAUGCCAUUGACAGAAACGUUCUUCAUACAGUUGAUGACCAUGCUAUACAGGUAUCUAAGAGCGAACAUUCAAGCUUCAGAGAUUUGGUUUGGGAUUUGAUCUAUUCAAAGAGUAUCACAAAUGAAAUUGAAAAAGUCAGAGUUAUCUUUAGAUGGUUAGCCACCAAGAAUCUGAAAGAAAUGCAUUUUGACAAUGUAGAAAAAGGCAGUCCAGAAGAAGUUCUGUUGGGAUUAAAGACUGGAAAGACAACAUAUGCUAUGGUUUUUGACACUAUGUGCAAUUAUGCAGGUCUUCAUUCCAAGAUCAUCAGUGGCUAUGCCAAAGGAGCAGAUUACAAACCUGGUCAGAGUUUUACUCCAGGAACCAAUCAACAUUCAUGGAACGCUGUCUACAUCUAUGGUACAUGGUGUCUGAUUGAUUGUCAUUGGGCAGCCAGGCGUAUCAUUGGAAAACAAACAACUCAUGAAGAAUUCCAUUACCAACUUGAUGAAUAUUUCUUCUUGCCAGACCCUCAUCAACUCAUCUACACUCAUUUCCCAGAAGACACAAAAUGGCAAUUGUUAGAGAGGCAAGUUUCAUUAGAGGAAUUUGAAAGUAUGCCUCAUAUGAAGCCUCAGUUCUUCAAAUAUGGUUUAGAAUUUGUAAGCCAUCGUACAGCUGUGAUUUACGGAAGAGGAGAGUGUAAUAUCCGAUUGAGGUAUCCAGCACACAGAAUUGUAGUGGCCUUUAAUUUCACUAUUCAAUAUGAAGAUGGAAGAGAAGAAUUUAUGGGAACGAAAUUAAAUAAAUAUGGAAUGCAAGAAAGUGUUGGUGGCAUAGCCUCAUUUAGGUUACGGCUACCCGAGAAAGGAUCAUACAUAAUAUACAUAUAUGCCAAAGAAGAUACACAAGAAAACAAGGACAAUGUUUAUGCACAGGUGUGUGAAUUUAAGAUCGUUCAAGAGGAAGUGACAUCACCACCUCCACUACCAUUCCCACCAUGUGCAUAUUUAAAUUGGGGACCUGGCACUGCAUUCUUCAAAUAUGGUCUUCAGACAUACCAGACUACAGCUACAAUCUUAACAAGAGAGGGCAAAGUAGAAUUACAAAUUAGAAUCCCUAAACAAAUGCAAUUUAUGGCAAAAUUAAAGCAUAAUGAAAUGAGUGACUCUGAACUUGAAGGUUACAUAAUGAAUCGUGUUGUAGGCAAUACUGCAUACUUCAAUAUCACGGCACCAUGUAGAGGAGAAUUUGGAUUGGAAAUCUACGCCAAUGAUCCUUCAAUGGAAGGCCAAACCUUGUAUCAUGUAGCCCAAUAUAUGAUUGAAUGUCAUGAGGAUGUGAAAACUGUGCCACUACCCAAAUUGCCACAUGGUUAUCUAGGGCCACAACCAAAAUUUAAUGAAUUCGGUUUGAACACUCUCAGUCAUCAUGAUUCUGUCAUUCAUUUAGAAACAAAUUCUGUAGAAAUCCAAUUCGCAACUGCUCAAGAAAUGAGAGUGACUGCCAAUUUAAUUGGAGUUGAGGAUGAGAAAGAACACCCAGAUCUGGUCUUCACACAGACACAAGGGUCUAUUGUCAGUUUUGUUAUCCACAUGCCACAAACAGGCUUCUACAAACUACAACUGUAUGCCAUACCAGCACGGGAUCCAAGCCAACAACUUCCAGGGGUAUACAACUAUUUGAUCAACUGUCAGAAAGCCACUCGUCCAGCUGUACCCUUCCCCAAACAGUAUGCUCAGUGGAAGGAAGGAUGUUACAUGUGGGAGCCUUUAACACUUCACAAAGAUACCACUUCUGCUACUGUCAACUUCAGAAUCGGAAUACCAAAAGCAGAAGCCGUGGCUGUGGUAGCUGAUAGCGACUGGAAUCAUCUUGCGUCAUCAACACCGGGUGUCUGGGAAGGUAAAGUGCCACUGGAUAAGCACUAUGGUAGAGGAGUCAAGGUCACAGUUAACGCAAAUUAUGGUGGAGACAAAACAAAUUAUGCUACCUUGCUUGAAUAUAACAUUUAACUUUAACCAAUUUGUGUAUCAUGCGUUUCUAAUUCUUUUAAUUAGUGAUUAGUUCCAAAGUGACAUGAUUCGAACAUCAAACAUUUGAGUGAGUCAGUUGAUAUGAAACGGCAAUUUGUAAGAAAAAGUUAGUUUUUGGUUUGUAAUUGAAAGCUAAUCAUUUUAUUUAUAUUUGCAUAGUUCAGUGUAACCAAUUCAUGACAUCAUAUUUUCGAUAUAAAGAAUCAUUCAAAUUUCAUAUCCCUUUGACACUUAUCACACAUUAUAAAGUAGCUGCAAUUUUUAUUUUAUAUGCAACAUUUGCUUUUAGUUUUUCUGUGAUAGGCAUUAGGUUUAUAUAUUAUUGAUACUGUAGAGCACAUGAUUUUUAUUUGUUCUUUGUUGUGCCUUUGCCAGAUAUGUGUAUUGUUACAUGUGUAAGGUUUUGUGUGCCUCUUCUGACCUCUUAGUAUUGUAGCAGAAUCUCUGUUCCUAAAUCCUGACUGCUCAUAACCUUUUCUUAAAUUGAAUAGUUUUUGUUUACUGUUUUAUAUAUAAGAGUAAGUAAAGAAUAAAAGGUUGCUCGAAGUCUUAUUCUAAUUGCUGGUUAAUUAGAAAGAAAAUAUUUUUGUGAAAAUACAUAGAAUGAAACUAUUAAAUGAAUUUUAAAUUGAUUCCUUUUUAAAAUAAGAUACAACAAUGAUAUGCUUAUUGGGACUCAUUUUCUUUUAUAUUCUGAAACCAUCUUGUAAUCAUGUGGUACAUUUUGAGUAAAUACAAUUGGGCAUUAAAUUCAAUGGAAUUUUAUGUGGGUUCUUUUCAAUGAAAUAUUUUAUAUUCAAACAAAAAUGAUUAGAAAAUUGUUAUGUGUUUUAAGGGCAAAUAAGCUUAUUCAUUGAAAACAAUGCCAAGGCAUUUUGUAGAAUCAAGUCAUUUGUUUUUUAUUUGAAAUUUGUUUUAGUGAAUUUAGACAUGAGAGUUUAAUAAAGUUCAUUUUUUUUACUUAAAGUCAGAACAGUUCAUGCUCAAGGCUUUAUUUCAGAUAUAUAUCCCAUAACUAAAAAUCAUUUUUUUUGGAAUGAAGAGUGCAAUAGACAAACAAAUUAGUAUUUAGUAUCAUCGUGGGUUUUUUCUAUCUGAAAAGAUUUGAUCCUAUAAAAAGUUAACACAUAAUAGUCAUAAUAAGUUUGAGGUGUAUUGGAACAGUAUUGCUUUGUAAAGAAGUUUUGAUUAUACAUGUCUGUUAUAAAGAUGGUGCAUACACAUAUUUUUGUUAUUGAGGUUAUUUUAGUGUUAAUUAAUUAUGGGACAAUAUGCAAUGACUAAUUGUUAAUGAUUUUGUGGGUAUAUUGGUUAGAACAAAAACUUCAAUUACCAGAGAACAAAAAUGAUUUUCAUUUCCUUUUUAUACAAAAGUUAUGCAGGCUUUUAAUAAAGAACUGCAUUUUUUUUAUGUACAUAAAUGAAAAUUCUUUCAAAAUAUUUUGACAUCAGUUUGAAAUCAUCUUUUUGAAUCUUCUUUAAACAUAAAAGUCCAAGCCUUCGUUUCUCAUCCAAGAAUUUGAAUACUCAAAAUGACUACCUGUACUGAAUAUUUUCUACAUUUUUUACCUACAAAGUUUGUUACAAGUGAGAAUUUAUAUUGUCCAAAUUUAGUUCUUCCAAUUUGCAUGAUAGUAGUCUACUUUAGAACUACUGAGGAUAUAGUUAUAUCUUGCUGGACAUUUUCUUAUCUUAAAUUUAUUGAAAAUGCUUGUAAGCUUAUAAAAUUUAUUGUUAUUAGAUAUUAAAUCAAGCAGUGCUUAUA